AAAGCAGCCUGUUGCCUUUAGUCCAGAGAAAGUUUUCUUUUUCGGGCACUGAACAGCAGAGGGAAGCGAAAAGCUAAAACAUUUUUUAUUUCAGUCGAUAUAUGAAUGAAACAUCUGAAUCUGGGUGGUAAAAAAACAUGCAUUGCCCUGUUAGAGAGGCUUCCAUUAGUGCUUUACUCGGACACCCGGAUUUGAACUUAAGACUCCGCGGCAAGACUGCACUGAUUGCGGAUAUCCGUUAGAGACUGAGUGGUUUACUUGCACGUACUGCUGUUUGUUCUUGGCUGAUGAGGGUGAGAGAGUGAGAGACAGGACUGAGGGCCCCCACACAAACCCACACACACUCACCACUACUGGACUUUUAAUGGACUAAUAUAUCCACCGCAUGGGGAUCCUACACUUUCACUCAUCUCCAAAACCUUUGGAUUAUGUUUUUAAGAGCCUCUUUAAAUUGAAUUUUUAUUUAUUAACAAAGAUAAUUUAAAAAUCAUCAAAAUGCUGAAAUCUAAAGCUGUUUGGGUAGCCGUUUGGGUAGCAGGUGAAAUUCUGAGUGUGAUUUUAACAGAGCCAUGUAGCAUCAAUGUUACCCAGAGCAUAGCAAUGACAGACUCUAUACAAUUUACCCUGGAGACCUCAGAUGUCGCUUGCCUCUUCAGAGUAGCAGUCAGGGACAGUCCUGAAGACCCAACAGACUGUGAGAAUGACCAGGAACACACACAAGCUGCUCACUGCAAAAUUGGGAAUUUGGAUCCUGGAACAAGGUACCAUCUGACUGUGCUAUCAAAGACGGAUGGGAGAGAACAGAACAUAUCCUUAACAACCAGACCUUCUGCUGUGCUUGGAGUCUCUGUGUCUAGAGAUGUGGACACCCUGGAAUUUUCGUGGCAACCUGGCCCAGGGACAACAGAGCAGUUUCAAAUUCUGCUUCAGGAUAGCAGUGGUCUGAACUCUACCUGGAAUGUCAUAUUGGCCAACACCAGCACCUCCUACAAAAUAAAUGGCCUGAUUCCUGGACAUCUCUACAACUGUACCAUCACCACAGAGUCAUCACAGUUACAGAACUCUGUGACCAUACAAGCACGAACAGUGCCUAGCCCAGUGUCUAAUCUACGACUUGACAAUAAUGGGAGUCAGACAAGCCUUAAAGUCUCCUGGAAUCUGGCUCCUGGUGAUGUGGACAGUUACCUGGUCGUUUUAUCUUCUGAGGCUGUUUCGCAAGAGAAAACCUCAGACAGCACACAAGCUUUUUUUGACUAUCUGAGCCCUGGCCACACCUACCAAGUCUCAGUCUACACUAGGAGUGCUGACCUAACCAACCGCAUCAAUGUGACAGGCAGCACCGCUCCAGGUGAAGUUUCCCAGAUAAAGAUGGAGAAUGUCGCUGAGGAAAACUCACUGAAGAUGAGCUGGAUGCCCCCUGUUGGACAGUGGGAGCACUACCGUGUUUUACUAUUCAAUGGCAGUGAGACACUGGUUAAUGAAACUAUGGACAAAUCUGCAAAAGAGUUCAACUUCUCCAGACUAAAUCUGCAGCCAGGCAGAGAGUACAAGGCAGCAGUGAGUGUGGAGAGCAGGGGCCAGGCCAGUACCGUCUACUGCCUAGGACGAACAGUUCCACUACCUGUUUCACAACUCCAUAUCCGUCAAUCAGAUGAGACCUGUGUCAGUGCUCUAUGGAGCCACAAUCCCAAUCCAUCAUUCAGGGAUGGGUACACUGUGGAGCUCUACUAUGGGGACAGCACACAUGCCAUUGAAACUCGCCACUUAGACCCUAAUAUGAGAGAAUGCACCUUUAAUACCCUUACACCUGGCUGCCUCUACAUCAUUAAAGUAAUGACCACCAGUGGAAACCUCAGCAGCUCUGCUAAUGUCACAGGAAUGACAUUGCCUAUGGAAGUGACACACCUGAAGCUUAGCAACACGGGAACUGUUGAUUCUCUCAGUGCGACCUGGGAGAGACCUGAAGGAAACUUGGACUCUUAUCAGAUCUUACUUCUGAGACACAAAGAGGUCAUCUACAACAUGAGCCUUCCAGCCAAUGCCACCUCCGUUCACCUGCCCUCUCUUACUGCUGGAGCUUCCUACAGGCUUUUAGUUACGACUGUCAGAGAAGAACAGGUCUCGAAGCAGGCUGAAGCAGAAUGCCGCACAGAGCCUGCAGCUGUUGCAGCGGUAAUGGUCAGUAAUAAUGGACGCUCAGACUUCCUCAGUGUCUCGUGGAAAGCUGCAGCUGGAGAAGUGGACAAUUACCAGGUGAAGCUGAAAGACAAUGAACGCACGGUGCACAUGCUAACUAUUACAAACGUCAGCUCUGAAUUCAGCAGCCUGGUACCUGGACGACUUUACAACAUAUUCAUCAUCACCUGCAGUGGCAGUAACGAAAACCUCACUGCAGUGCAAGCAAGAACCCAACCAUCUGCUGUGCAGAACCCCACUGCUAUCCACUUAGCCCAAGAAGAUGUUCUAAAGGUGUACUGGAACCAUGCAGCUGGGGACUACGACCAUUACAGUGUGUCAAUCCUGCACAAAGACACCAUCCUGAGGAACCAAACAGUGGACAGGCACCAAAAUGAGUGUGUGUUUAGUGAUCUUGUUCCCGGUCGCCUCUACAAGGUGAAUGUUACUACCAAGAGCGGCCAAUAUGAAACCAGUGUUUCCACUGAGGGACGAACAUUCCCUGCUGCUGUGCGUGCACUAGCUGUGACCCAGAAUGGCACCACGGAUUUGAAUGUGAGCUGGGAGGCAGCGAUGGGUGACGUAGACUAUUACGAUGUCCAGAUCCUGUGUAAUGACACGGUUUUCUCUUCAGAGAGACUCAAUAGCACAACACGACAGCAUCGUUUCUCUCUACUCAACCCAGGCUACCGCUACAAAAUAGUGGUGUCCACCGUCAGCGGCUCAUUCGUAAGGCCCCAGAUUGUAGAAGGCCAAACUGUACCCAGUCAAGUUGAGAAUCUCCAGCUCAUUCCAGGUACUCUUGGUGGCGCUCUGAGCGCCACCUGGUCCCCCGGAGCUGGAGACGUGGACUUCUAUGAAGUGUGCUUGUUCCAGAGUGGUCAUGUGAAAGUGUCUUACCGUGUUCCUAAGAAAGACAACAAGAUGGACUUUAAAGGCCUUGUUCCUGGGGAGCUGUACACUGUAUCUGUGGAGUCAGUGAGUGGAGAACUGAAGAACAGCAGCACAGCCAGUGGACGAACAGUUCCUUCCACAGUGAAGGGUCUUCACGCGGACAUUGAGCAAACCACUCACAGCCUGAAAGCUGCUUGGGAGAGAGCAGAGGGUGUGUAUGAUGGAUACAGUCUGCAGCUGCAGGACGAGGACGGGGCAGUGCUAUAUAAUGUAUCUGUUCCUGCCGGGGUCACACACCACCUGUUUGAAGGUCUUACUCCUGGGAGGUUCUACAGCAUUCACAUCAAAACCCUCAGCAACUCUACCUACAGCACGGUGGUUACAGCUAAGGGGCAGACACGUCCGGCUGUGGUGAAGGACCUCACUCUGCUUUCCAAUAGGAUGGGAGAGCUAGCAUUCCACUGGAAUGCAUCUGAAGGAUGGGUGGACCACUACAACCUCUACCUGUACAACAUGGAGAACAUGCUCCAGGACUACAGGAAUGUAGCGGCGGCUGUACGGGACUACAGUUUCCCUCACUUGCUUCCUGGGACACCUUACAAGCUGGUGGUGGUCAGCAAUAGCAGAGGAAGCAAGAGCAGUGACUCUAUUUUGUGGGCGCAGACAGUCCCUGCCCCAGCCUGGAAUUUACAGGUUGACAAUCAGGGAUACUCAGACAGCUUGGAACUGACUUGGAAACGUGCUCCUGGUGGACUAAGUGAAUAUUUGGUCUCUUUAGAGGGUUCAGAUCAGCCACAGCAGAAACUGGGGCCAGAACACACAGAGGCAAUCUUCCGGGGUCUUCUACCUGGCCAACUAUAUACUGCUGUUGUGAUCACCCGAAGUGGAAACCUCACCAACACUGCCACGGAAGUAGGCCGCACAGUUCCUGAGCCCCCAUCCUCACUGUCUAUUAAGGAUGGCACUGGUGGCACUGUAGAGGUCAUGUGGCACGCCCCAGCCAGAAGUAUUCACGACAACUUUAACAUUAAUUGGAUGCCACGAGACGCGCUGCAGGUGUCGAACCUGAACCCCACACGCUGCAUCCUGGCAGGCCUUUAUCCCGGCCGGCUUUACAAUAUCAGCCUGCGCACUGUCAGUGGAGGACCACCAGGACCUGUAACCUACAGCUCAUUUGUAUACCACACUGUUAGAACCGCUCCAGGACCAGUGCAGAGCAUCAGCUGUCACCCUUUGAGCUCCACUUCACUCUCAUGCUCCUGGAAGGCUCCAGUGGCCGAUUAUGACACUUAUUUGGUAGAAUGUAAGAAGCAAAGCUCUGCAGACCCAGUUCGCAAACUGACGUUGGGUCGUGACACAACUUUCCAGCAUUUCGACAAACUAGAACCCUUCAGGAACUACACUGUUUCAGUCAAGGUGAUGUCUGGAAACAGGAAAAGCCCGGCGACCCAGGACAACACAGUCACCAUGAUUGAUCGGCCUCCGGUGCCUUCCCCCAUGGUACGGAUUGGUGAACAAGCCACUCACAUCACCCAGUCCACCAUCUUCUUCAAAUUCAACUGUAGCUGGUUCAGUGAUGCCAACGGGGUGAUCCGCUACUUUGCCAUUAUCGUUGCAGAAUCUAACGACAUUGAGCCCCUGCUGCCAGAACACAGGCAUCCUCUGCCCUCUUACCUGGAGUACAAGCGCAACAGUUCCAUCAGGGCUUACCAGACCAGUUACUUUAAGAGUCUGUGCAAAGACGAUCCAGAGAUAGGCAACCAGGUGCUUGAGAUCAACCUCGGAGCUGGAAUGGAGCGGCUGGGUGGACCAUGCAAAGAAGAAGCUGAGCUUGAAAAACAUGAAAACUCUUACUGUGAUGGACCCCUUGCAUCCAGAACACCCUACAGGCUGAGUGUCCGUGCCUUCACUCAACUCUACGAUGGCGAAAACAAGCAGUUUUCCCAUCCUCUCUUCAGCGACACUUACCUCUCUCUCCCUCUGCGCACUAAAGCAGAGCCGAUGGGAGGGAUCGUGGAGGGCAUCAGCACCGGCCUGUUUCUCAUCAGCAUGGUGAUUGCUAUAACCACCUUAAUAAUCUACAAGCAGAGGGUCCAUAAAGUAGCGGUGCAGGAAAGUCCCGUGGUGAGGAUGAGUAUGUGGAAGGAGGUGUCUAAUACAGGAAUGUACAUGGGCAUCAGGAGUAACCGCUGCAUAUCUAGCCCAAUUAAAGCAGCCCACUUCGAGUCUCAUCUCUCCAAGCUUCAGGCUGACUCCAAUUACCUAUUUUCUGAGGAGUUUGAGGACUUAAAGGAUGUGGGUCGCAACCAGACUCUGGAUGCUGCACGUCUGCCUGAAAACCGCUGCAAAAAUAGAUACAACAAUAUACUGCCAUAUGAUGCUACCCGGGUGAAACUGUUGUGCUUGGAGGAUGACCCAUGCUCUGAUUUCAUCAAUGCUAGCUUUAUCCCAGGUAACAGUUUUGGGCGUGAAUACAUAGCCACACAGGGACCACUCCCAGGGACCAAAGACGAUUUCUGGCGGAUGGUGUGGGAACAUAAUGUGUACAACAUCGUCAUGGUCACGCAGUGUGUGGAGAAAGGCAGGGUGAAGUGUGACCAGUACUGGCCUACAGACAGGGAACCGCUGUACUAUGGUGAGCUUGUGGUGCACAUGCUGUCUGAGUCUGUCUUGUCAGAAUGGAUCAUCCGUGAAUUUAAGAUAAGUCGGGAAGGCCAGUUGAGCUACCCCAGGAUAGUGCGUCACUUUAAUUACACGGUGUGGCCGGAUCAUGGUGUGCCAGAAACAACACAGUCUCUCAUUCAGUUUGUGAGGACCGUCCGAGAUUACAUCGACAGGGCACCAACUUCAGGUCCGACUGUUGUGCACUGCAGUGCUGGAGUGGGACGCACAGGCACCUUCAUUGUUCUGGAUCGUGCUCUGCAGCAGUUGGACAGUCGUGGCACUGUUGAUAUUUACGGCUCUGUGCGUGAUCUCCGGCUGCACCGCAUACACAUGGUGCAAACUGAGAGCCAGUAUAUGUUCCUCCAUCAGUGUGUGCGUGAUGUUCUGAGAGCCAGAAAGCUUCGCUGUGAACAGGAGAAUCCACUUUAUCCUAUCUACGAGAACUUCAAUCCUGACUACUGUAGAGAUUUUGUGUACACUGGAUGCUGAAGACUGCAAGCAUCCUGACAAAGGGGAGAAAAACCUAUUUAAUUUCCGUAACAUAAAGAAAUAUAACAUUAUUUUUAUACAGCACAAAACAUUUAACAUGGUAAAGAUGUAUGUAUAAUGAACAUGUGUGUGUUAAUGUCUUUUUUUCUUUUAUUGGUAUUGGUAUAGUAAAAAAACUUACUGAACUUUUGUUCUAUUGUGUAUUGUAAAGUCAGUUUGUCUUACUGAGUAACAGGAGAAACAUGCACACAUUCAGAUGUGACAAUCCUGCACUUCUGGUUUUCAGUUAGUGAAUUCUUGCAAUUAGCAACUUUGUAAAAGUAAAUCCAAAAUUUGACAAAGUUAUCUGGCACAGCGAUUAGGGCAGAGCUGAUGAAUUUUAAGGCAUUGCAGUUUAAUAACCCAAUACUGAUGGUGUAUGAAAUGUUGCUUGCUUGUGUCUGUAUGAAAUCCACUCAAUAAAUCCCUGAGGCAAAAUAAAUAGGGUAUUAAGGUGCUACUGAUUUGGCAUUCUGAUUAGUAGUAAUAAUCAGCUCAGAGUAGUAUUGGGAUUAUCGAAUUAUAAAUGCAGUACAAUACACUUCUGCAUGAACAAGACUACAAUACUGUUUAUCCACUUUCUGCUAAAUCUGAACAUUUAUAUGGGAAAGGGUGUACGCACCCUUACUGCACAUGGCUGAAGGACAAAGUCAGACAUAUUAUGAUGCUCGAAUCUAGAGAGCUGUCAAAUAUGUUUUACUGGAAACUGAUUUAAAGGGAACUGUUCUAAAUAUGGAGAUGUUUGGUUAUUCCAAUCAAAACCAUCCAAAUCCAUCUGUUAUUUUUUCUGCACAUGAGAGUAACAUCCACUGAUACGUACACAAUGCUUUUGCAACAUUAGUACCACCUGUCUAAUAUUGAGAAGGUCCUCAUUGUGUUGCCACAACAGAUCUGACCAGUUAAGACAGAAACUCCUCUGUGACCUCUGAAGAUGUCCUGUAUUAUCUGACCCCAAGACAUUUAUCUAGCAGCUACUCCUGUAAAUUGUAAAGUGGGGCUUCUGUAAGCAUGUUUUGGAGAUUAUCAAAAUGUGUCCCUUUUCAAAGUGUUUCAGAUCUACAGUUGUGGUCAAAAGUUUACAUACACUUGUAAA